AUGCCAAAAUUACAUACUAAUAUUGAAUAUUUUACUAAAGGAGGAAGAAAAUAUAAAAAUUCCUAUGAAAAUUUAAAUUCACCACAAAAAUCAUCAUAUAUACCAAGAGAUAGAAAUAGACGAUGUAAAAGUUUAACAUUUUUUACACGUUUAGGAAUGAAAACACCAAACAUUAAACAUGCAUUUUCAAAAGAGGACAUCGAUAAUUAUUCACCAUCACGAUACAUUUUAUGUAAUGAUAGCAAUAAUAUCAAAAAUACAAGUGAUGAAGUAUUUUAUUAUUCAUCAUUUCCAUCAAUCAUUGAGUGUAAUAAGUCAAAACAUUUUAACUAUGAUAAACUUGAUAAAUAUAUAGAAUCUAACAAAAAUUUUAAAUUACCACCAUUAAAUUCACUAUAUUUAAAUGAUAAUAGAGAAAAAAAAAGAGGAAUAAAUAAAAUUUCAUUAUAUAAAAAUUAUAUACUACCUAUAGAAAAAAUAGAUUCUAAAAAAAUUAAUAGAGAAAUAGAUGAUGAAUUGAAAAAAAGAAAAAAUUUACAAAACGACAGUAAAUUUUAUAGUUGCGAAGAAGAAAAUUUAAUUAAUAAAAACAUAUUGACAAAAGAGAAAAAAAGAAUUCACAAAUUAGAUACACAAAUAGAUGAAAUACUUUAUAUUAUUGAUAGAAAUAAUAAUGAAAAAAAAAUACAACCUCCAACAUCAAAAUUUUAUUGUCCAAAAAAGAAAUAUAAAUUUAGUCUAAAUAGACUAAUACAAAGAUAUAACAAAUAA